AUGGCAUCUGAAGGCUUCCAGUACCGUGCGCUUUAUGACUACAAGAAAGAGCGCGAGGAGGACAUCGACCUGCACGUGGGCGACAUGCUGCUUGUCAGCAAAGGGGCGCUAUUGGUGCUUGGCUGCAGUGCCGGUGCCGAGGAGCGACCCUCGGAGAUCGGGUGGCUUCCCGGCUUCAACGAGACCACGCAGGAAAAGGGCGACUUCCCAGGCACCUACGUGGAGUUUGUGGGCAGGAAGCGAAUGUCACCACCCACGCCCAAGCCCCGACCACCCAGGCCUCCGUCGGCCGCGUCAAUGAGAACCGACUCAGAGUCUGAGGGUACGCCCGUCACUUUGCCAGACCUUCCAGAACACUUUGGACCACCUGAUACGGCUCCACCCCUUCUCAGCAGACUGAUGGAGGCUGUUGAAACCAAAGGCGUGGACGGUCCGGGUGCGUACCACAAUGUGAGCGCCGGAAGUUUGGACACGAGGCAGCUGGCUGAGGCCGGUGACGUCUUUGUUUUUUCAGACCUAGAACAGAUGGACGUGUCAUCUCUGUGUGACGGAGUGGUGCGCUUCCUGCAGGACCUUCCCGGGCCUGUCCUGCCGUCCUCACUGCAGGCCGACAUGAUCCAUGCUGUGCAAGAGGUCCGAGACCCCGAGGAGUGUUCCCGGGUUCUGCUGGGAGUGGCCAGCUCUCCGACGUGUGCCGCCCAGUACGGCCUAACCCUGCUGAGCGUGGUGCGACACCUUGCCCGACUAUGUGUUCACGCAGCCCGCAACCAGCUCAGCGUUCGAGGCCUCGCUGAGACCUUCAGUCCGGUGCUUUUCAGACAGACUACCAUGGGGUGUGAGUCAGGUCCAGACCCUAUGAUUCAGGUCCUGGAGGUCCUGAUCAGCAGCGAACUCAACAUGAACCAGGCUGCUCCAGCUUUACCUCCCAAACCCACCAAGCCGUCCGCGGCGUCUGCAUCCGCCUCCGCCGCUCCGUGCACGUUUAACAACAGCAUGGCACUGCAUGAUGCAGAGUGGUACUGGGGCGACAUUUCCAGGGAGGAAGUGAAUGAGAAACUACGGGACACGGCUGAUGGAACCUUCCUGGUCCGGGAUGCCUCCACCAAGAUGCAUGGUGAUUACACGCUCACGCUCAGGAAAGGGGGCAACAACAAGUUGAUCAAGAUCUUCCACCGCGAGGGCAAGUACGGUUUCUCGGAUCCGCUGACUUUCAGCUCGGUGGUGGAGCUCAUCAAUCACUACCGGCAUGAGUCCUUGGCGCAGUAUAACCCCAAGCUGGAUGUCAAGUUGCUUUACCCGGUCUCCAAACACCAGCAGGACCAGGUAGUGAAGGAGGACAGCAUUGAGGCAGUAGGAAAGAAACUCCAUGAGUAUCACCUGCAGUACCAGGAGAAGAACCGCGAGUAUGACCGACUUUAUGAGGAGUAUACCCGAACUUCUCAGGAAAUCCAAAUGAAACGCACGGCCAUCGAGGCCUUCAACGAGACCAUCAAGAUCUUUGAGGAGCAGUGCCAGACGCAGGAUCGCUUCAGCAAGGAGUACAUCGAAAAGUUCCGCCGCGAGGGCAACGACAAGGAAAUCCAGAGGAUUAUGGAGAAUUAUGACAAGUUACGCUCUCGCAUUAGUGAGAUCGUAGACAGCAAGCGUCACUUGGAGGUGGACCUGAAGAAACAGGCUGCCGACUACCGGGAGAUCGACAAGAAAAUGAACAGCAUCAAACCAGACCUCAUCCAGCUGCGCAAGACCAGAGACCUAUACCUCAUGUGGCUAACGCAGAAGGGGGUCAGGCAGAGGAAGCUUAACGAGUGGCUGGGACUGAAGAACGAGACUACCGAGGACGAGUACAGCAUGGUAGAGGACGAUGAGGACCUCCCCCACCACGACGAACGUCUGUGGCGUUUGGGCAACAUCAACCGCAGUCAAGCAGAGACGCUGCUGAGAGGGAAGAAGGACGGAACCUUCCUGGUCCGAGACAGCAGCAAGCCGGGAUGCUACGCCUGCUCUGUCAUGGUGGAGGGCGAGGUCAAGCACUGCGUCAUCAACAAAACCAGUACGGGCUUUGGCUUCGCCGAGCCGUACAACCUGUACGCGUCGCUGAAGGAGCUGGUGCUGCACUACCAGCACACGUCGCUGGUGCAACACAACGACUCGUUAAACGUCACGCUGGCCUUUCCCGUCUACAGCCAGCAGAGGCGCUGA